UACCUUCCCUUCACUUGUUCGUCGCCGUCUUCACAAAAAAAUAUUAGCUUUCCGCCUCCAUCGAGAUCUCCACCAACUAAAAUGAAGGUUGUCGCCGCCUACUUGCUCGCCGCUUUGAGCGGAAAAGCUUCCCCAGCCAGUGCCGAUAUCAAACAAAUACUCGGAUCUGUUGGUUGUGAAUCUGAAGACUCUCAGAUUGAGCUUUUGUUGAAGGAAGUCAGUGGUAAAGACUUGUGUGACCUGAUUGCUACUGGAAGGGAGAAGUUGGCUUCCGUUCCAAGCGGUGGUGGUGGUGUUGCCAUGGCCUCUGCUCCUUCUGCCGGCGGUGGUGGUGGUGGUUCUCCUGCGGCUGAGGCCAAGAAGGAAGAGAAGAAAGAAGAGAAGGAAGAAUCCGAUGAUGACAUGGGUUUCAGUCUAUUCGAGUAAGGCAGUAAUGCUUGUUGGCUUAUGUUUUUGUAAUCCUUUUCCAUUUUAUGUUGUUGUUUCUUAGUUUGUACUGGAUGGGUUAUCUUUUUGACAUUUCUGCAUUUCUCUUGAGAUUUUUAGUUAAAUUCAUUAUCCUCGUGUCUCUU